AUGACAGCGAACUUCUUUGCGCAUCAUUUAGGCAUCACCAUCGUCCCCGCGGCUGACCUCCCGGCACGCCUGCGGACUUUUCUCUUCGCCGCAGCCCAGAACCACCCGAAAAGAGACGUUUUUCUGCGCAACAUCAGCGCGGCUCUCCUCGGGAAGCCUUCCUCCCUCAUUCCUGCGCCGCACCAGGCGCCUGCAACCCCACCACCUCCAACGGCCCUGAACAAACUGCAGCCGGCCGCCACGACGGACUCACCGCUUACGGGUGGUGCCGCGGUUGCUUGGGAGGCGACCUACGAGUCGAGCGAGCCCCACGCGCGGGUAAACGGUAUGGGCUACAUGUUGUCCGCAUCUGUAUUGGCUUCGGUGGCUGACGGUCAGUAUCGCGCGCUUACGAUUCCCGCCAUCCGUCAGCGCGUCACUCGCGCCGGUUUCCCGCCGGGAGUGCCGCAAAGCGUUCCGUCCGCCCUCGCGAAGCUUGGGCACACUCCUCUUCACUAUGGGGUACAGCAGCCAAUGGGGUCACCGCGUAUUCUUGAGGACGUGGAUAUCCGCUCCAGACGAUAUUUUUUCUUGAUCCGAGCAAUGGAGGAUGUCCCGCUUCCGGCCAGCAUCGAUGAGCACGUCUUCGCGCUCGAGGCUUAG